AUGGCAGCUCAGCUGAUCAACGACGAUGGCGUUACCAGGAGCGGCGGCGGCGGCGGCGUCUCGCUUCAGCAGAUGCUUCAGUUGGUAGUGCAGAGGCUUCAGUGGACGUACAGUCUCUUCUGGCAGCUCUGCCCGCAGCAAGGGUUGGUAGAAUCACAGAGCUUACUUCGGUCUCCAUUUUUUAUCAUCUCUGAUUGACCGUCGACUGCGAUUAGGGCUCUGGUGUGGGCUGAUGGGUACUACAAUGGCGCUAUAAAGACGAGGAAGAUGGUGCAACCGGUGGAGGCGACGGCAGAGGAGGUUUCGCUCCAGCGCAGCCUGCAGCUGAGGGAGCUCUACGAGUCGCUCUCCUUGGGGGAGGAGAACCAGCCGUCGCGCCGCCCCUGCGCCGCCCUCUCACCGGAGGAUCUCACCGAGUCAGAGUGGUUCUACCUGAUGUGCAUCUCCUUCUUCUUCCCUCCAGGCGUAGGGUAAGUCCGCCUCUCUUCUCCUUUUUCUUCAUCAUCACUGUCAUCGGCGAUCUUCUUCUCGCUCCGUCACCACGAUCAUCUUUCGUCUUCUCUCUCUCUCCUUCUUCUGCUCUUCUCCUCCACUUCAUCGUCGUCGAUGCCGCCGCCGUCUUCUUCAUCUUCUUUCGAUCAUCCGUCUCUUCCAUUGAUCAAUCUUUCUCUGCGUGCCAUUCAUCUGGGCCAUCUUCUGCUCCAUUUAUCCGUCUCCCUCACGCGCCUCGAAUCAACGCAUACGUUUUCUUAGCCUUUUCGAUUCUCGACGGCGAGUGUUGGGAGGCGCGCCUCUCUUUGGUGCAGCCAAAGGAAUGAUUUCCAAAUAGAGUCCAGACCCCAUUUCCUCUUCUUUACUAGGACGAGUUUUCCUGGCGAAUCGACGGAGAUGAUGACGCUACAUGCUACGAUACUCUUUGCCGGCACGAUUUGAGAAUUCUCGCUAGAUUUGAGCCUGCGCACUGCCUGCUUCCAUGUGGGACGGGUGAUUAAUAUGCAUCCACCUUCUCCCUCAGCCAGUGCUACCCUCUGAGAUAGAGAGAGAGGAGAGAGAGAGAGAGAGAGAGAGAUCAGGGGCUCUGGGCCAUGGAAUGAUCAUUGCUGUUGUUCUCAUCGUCGACAACGAUAAGGGCCGUUGCUAGAAGUCUGGGGCUCAUUUAGAGGCUGGAAGCUAGCUUGAAAGAAGCAGAGGAUUAACGGAUCGGAGGAUGGGGCUCGGAAAAUCCUCGGUUAACUGUUACUCGAAAGAGACCAUCCAAAUCGUAUUGAGAUAUAACAUUUUCUCAUAUUCUUCUGAAUUUCCCUCGUUUUGUCCCUAUAAUUUCCAAUGGAAACCCACCUUGGAAAUCUUGUUUAGACGAGAUACAUCGCUGGUUUUCAUCCAAGAUCGUUAAUUUUUAUAUGAAAUAAACCGAGGAAAUCUGUCUGAGGAAGCAUGGGUGCAGUAUUUUUCUGGAUUUCACAUUAAUUUACUAUUUUAACAUGAAAUCAUCACAUUAAUCUUCUUAAUUGCACCCAUUAGCGUAUUUCUUUCAAUAUUCUGCAUAUUUUCCUGAAUAAUUGCUCUGAAAUCGCAUCGUUAUCGUAUGGACAAUCUUAGUAUGGUCAUGGCACUCCAUUACUGGGAGAACCUCCCAGGUUAGGCUCUCUCAAGAGAGAUUUCCUGACUGUUUCCAUAGAUACGAACCCUAAUAUCUCUUGUUGCCUCCAGACGGACUACCAAAACUGCCCAACGCCUUCCCCAUUCUUCAUGUUUUGAUUCAGCGGUCCCGUUUUUAGAAUCCCUCUCUAUCAGAUGAGUAAAGACCAGCCCUUUCCUUCUCAGACGCUCCCAGAUUUUAGCAGUAGUACGAACGGCAAAGGAGAAACAGAUAAGAGGGUGACGACACAGAUAGAGAGAAAGAAAGAAAGAAUGUCUGUGGGAUUUUCUUACGGCCUUCCGAUCGUUCCAUUGAAGGAAAAAAUGGGCACAUAUGGACUAGAGAAUACGUUCAGGGGGUUUGGGCUCUUCGAGUAAUUAGGAUUUGGGCUCCUGGAGCGAUGAUUUACCCGCAGGAUGAUGAAUCUGAGGGCUCAACGGAGAAGAAGACACACUGAUUUUCUGGUCCUGUGUCGCCCCGUCAAUUCAGCCAUCAGAGGACGACCAGGGACUGGAAUCAUCUCUGGGGAGAGUCGACUUCUUAGUCUUCACCCAUUGGGAUCAUAUCUCCUCCCUCUCCCAGAGAAUGCUCGCCUGGUUCCCUCGGCCCACGAGGGUGCCGCCGGCCGGCCUGGGUAAACCUCGUCGGCGUUCCCGGAAACGGGGAGAUGGGGAAAAUAUGUCCUCGUGUUCUCCCAAGAACGUUUUUCUCUGCAGUUUUUUUUUUACUGAGAAGUCUGAAGAGUGGUCAGAACUCCCUCAAAGAGUGGUUUCUCUUCAGGUGUUAUAGUUUGAAAGUUGUGUCUGUCCCCUCUUGGCGUUGACUUAGAUCUGCACCCUCUUGGUUGCAGGAUGCCGGGAAAGGCGUUCGAGAAGCAGCAGGCAGUGUGGCUCGCGGGAGCCAACGAGGUCGACAGCAAGGUCUUCUCCAGGGCCAUCCUCGCCAAGGUGCCGCCGCCUUCUUCUUUCUUCUGCUUCCUCUUCCUUCUCUCCUUCCUCCUCUUCGGUCUUCGGCCUUCGUCCUUCGUCCUUCUGUUCCUUCCGCCUCUUCUACCUUCAUCCGUCUGCUUCAUCUUCUUCUUCUUCUUCUUCUUCCUUCCUCCUCUUCGUCCUCUCUCUCUCUCGCUCUCCUCCUCUUCCUCCUAAUCAUCAUCGUCUUCCUCUUUUUCCGCUUCCUCCUCAUUAUUCGUCUUAACCGUUCAUCGCUUCUUCUUCUUCUUCUUCUUCGCCGUUCUUCGCCAUUUCCUCUUUUUCUUCGUCCCCAUUUCUCACUGCCUUGUACUUCUUCCUUCCUCCCGGAUGCGAAUCUCCACGGGCGGCCACAAACUCCGACGGCAUCAAAACCAGGGAGCUCAAAUCAAGGUCCGCCCUCUUCGCCUUUCCGCUCCUUCCUCUCCUCUUGGAAACCCUAAACGAGAGAGAGGGUAAGCAACCUAAGAGGAGUUCCAUUGAUGUUGCAGACUGUCGUUUUCAUUCCCGUCGGAGAUGGCGUUCUUGAAGUCGGCACCACUGACAGCGUAAGAACCCCUCAGAUCUCUCAGUUUUAAUUCAUGUCCCUGGACGAAUUCAUUCAUACUUCUGAUCUGCAGGUUGAAGAAGACCAGGCUCUGAUCCAUCUGAUGAAGAGCUUCUUCUCCGGUUACCGCCAACAGCCGCUCCAUGGCAACAAACCCGCCCUCUCGGAGCACUCCACCUCCACCCCCGCCGCCGCCAACGACGGCCGGAGGCAGCACCUCCGGCCGCCGUCCCUCGACGCCAUUCCUCCGCCGCCGCCUCCGGCGGACCUCCAUAGGUACGACGACGGUGACCACGCCGGCGGCGACGACGACGACGACGACGACGACGAUGACGACGACGAAGACGAGGAGGAGCCGGAGUCCAGCUCUGAUUCCGGCAACGGCGGCGGCGGCAAGGCGGAGCCGACGGAGAUGGUGCAUAUGCAGACGCCGGAGGAGAUUCUUCUGGGCUCGCCGGAGGACUGCUCCAAUGACCUCGACGCCGACCUGCAGAUGCUGGCUCUAUGCCGCGCCGCCGCCGCCGCCGCCGCCGUCGGCGGCGGCGGCGGCGGCGGCGAAUCCACCGGCGGGAUGCAGUCGGCCAUGUCGGAGGAGGACGCUCACUAUUCUCAGACGGUCUCGACGAUCCUGCAGCACAACCCUAGCCGAUGGGCGGAGUCCUGCUCGAGCGGGCGCCUGCUCGAGCGGGCCCGGCAGUCCGCGUUCGGCGCCUGGUCCGGUGGCGCCGCCCCCACCGCCGGCGAUGGGGCGACGCAGUGGAUGCUCAAGCAGGCCCUUCACGGCGUCCCCUACCUCCACGACCGGUGCAAGGAGGAGAGCGGCUCCCCGAGGACGGCGGAGGCGGAGGGCGGCGCCACUAGGUUCCGCAGGGGCGGCGGCGGCGCGCCACAGGAGGAGAUGAACGCGAGCCACGUCCUGGCGGAGCGGCGGCGGAGGGAGAAGCUCAACGAGCGGUUCAUCACCCUCCGCUCGAUGGUUCCCUGCGUGACCAAAGUACGAUCCCCCCGCCACUGCCACCGCCACCGCCUUCGCCGCCGUUGUUUCCGAGCUCUUUCCAUCUCGCCGCCGUUGACCUCCGCAAGUCUUGCAGAUGGACAAGGCCUCGAUCCUCGGGGACACGAUCGAGUACCUGAAGAAGCUCCUCCGGCGGAUCCAGGAGAUGGAGACGCAGAUCAAGUUCAUGGAGGCCGGUCGGAGAACCAGCGCCGCCGUGGAGGUGGCACCGCCGCCCGUCCGCGGCCGGGUGCCGCCGGGAGAGCCGGAGAGGAAGAAGCUGAGGGCUAUCGCCGCCGUGGGGGCGGAGAUCAGCGUCCAGGUCUCCAUCAUCGAAGCCGACGCCCUCCUCGAGCUUCAGUGCCCCAACAGGGACGGGCUCCUCCUGCGGAUGUUGCAGACGGUCCACGAUUUAGGGUUGGAGACCACCUCCGUGGAGUCCUCCUCCGCCGCCGGCGUCCUCGUCGCGCAGAUCAGAGCCAAGGUAAAACCCUUCACGCCACCACCUUAUCCGCGGAGCGAGAGAGAGAGAGAGGGUAUCUAAGAAAGGCAACAGGGCGGGGGGCCUUAUCUCUCCUGGUUUGCAGGUGGUGGAGGGACCGCUUGGGAGGACGACGAGCAUCGUAGAGGUGAAGAAGGCGCUCCACCGUCUCUUAUCGCCGUAG